UUUGCCGUAUAUAAGCUUGAGCAUCCCUGUGAAUACAGACACGGGCGAAAUCAGCGAGCAUUUGUCAUUUAUCCCAGAUACAUUAACGAAGAUUCCCUCAUUAUUCCAGUGCAGUAUUCAAGGAGAUUUGACAAAAACUGACAGAAUGACCAACGAUACUGAAGUGGAUAUGAAAGAUGUGGAGCUCAGUGAGAUGGAGCAGGAGAAGAAGCCCAUGACAGAGGGGGAGGCUGGAAAUAAUCACUCUAUCUCUCCCGUAUCCGAGAUGAAUGGCUUUGUAAAGGUGAAGAUUCCAGAAGAGGAGAGCAAAUUCACUGGGUUAACCAAAGAAGAGCUCAUGAAAGUGGCUGGAACAGCAGGGUGGGUUAAAGUUCGCUGGGUAUUUCUGAUCCUGUUCUGGCUUGGUUGGGUGGGCAUGCUGGCUGGUGCGAUUGCCAUUAUUAUUCAAGCUCCUCGAUGCAAGCCCCUUCCUGAGAUGAACUGGUGGAACUAUGGACCUCUGUACCAGAUUGGAGAUGUGAACUCCUUUACAGCGUCUUCAAAGUUGAACGGUGUUGAGGAAAAGGUUCAGGUGAUGGAUGAGUUGAAGGUGAAGGGACUGAUCAUUGGCCCAAUCCAUGUGUCCAGUGCUGAUGAGCCUGAGAAACUGAAUUUGACUGAGAUCGCUGAAGAGGCUGGUGAUCUGACACAGUUUAAAGAAGUCAUUACUGCUGCACACAGGAGAGGUAUCUCUGUUGUUUUGGACCUGACCCCUAACUAUAAAGGCAAAGAACCCUGGUUCGCCGAUGCUGUCAGCACUGUGCUCCAACUGGAGUCUGCUUUGGUGCAUUGGCUAGAAGAAGGUGUAGAUGGAUUCCUCUUCUACGGUGUCGAUAAGGUGUUUACUGCAGCCCCAUCCCUUUGGGAGGAUGUUAGAAUCCUUAUCCACAACCGAACGGAAUCAAAAAAGUGAGCAAUCGAUAGUUGAACUUUAACUUUUAAAUUUGAUUAGUGCACAUUCACUGUUCUGUGAGGUAAAGGAGCCACCUUGUGGUGGUUGGUAGAAAUUUUUACAGCCUUAACUCCAAUCAAAGGGACAUGAGUGGGCCAUUUCUUAGUUUCAGAUUGUGUUCCAAACCAUGCAGCUCCAUAUGGUGCUCUAUACUUCUAUUAAAUACUUUUUUUUUUUUCUUCUUCUUCCAGGGUCUUAAUUGGUGUUACAAAUCAGUCCUCUCCUGAUGACAUUGAUGCCAUGUUGAACAAAACUGGUGUUGACCUGCUCCUCAAUGGUGCUUUAAGAUCCAAAUCUGCUAUGGGCAUUGCCAAUACUGUUGAUUACUUGUAUUCAGCUUACGGUCAGACCAGACUGGCUUGGAACAUAGGUGGUCGUAUUGCUGGACACCUGGCUUCAUUGGUGGGGCUUGCCAAAGUCAAGUUGAAUCAGCUGCUACUGCUCACUCUGCCAGGCACACCGGUCUUUAAUUACGGGGAUGAGAUUGGACUGCAAGAUGAUGAGGGGACCAAAAAUCCGGUCAUGGUAUGGGAUAAAAAGCAGACGGAGGUAAGGAGCAUGUGCACACAGUGCUGAAUCUCCAAAGUGACCCUUUUUCAGUGUUGUGACCAGCUAAAGUUGCAUUUCCAUGCAUUUAUUUUACAGGGUGAAAAAAACACUUUCCAGUUCUUCAAGUCUGUGAGUGAAAAACGGUCAAAAGAUCGCUCUUUGCAGCAUGGAGAAUACUUGCCUUUGUUCAACUCGACCUCCGCCAUGGCCUAUGUGCGAAGCUGGGACCAAAAUGAACGCUACCUUAUUGCGCUCAACUGGCACACGGAAGAAACGGUCACUCUUGAGCUGAAGCAUGCUGAGAUUCCUGAACGUGCUACAGUAGUGUUGAGUACUACUGAUGAUAAAAAUGGUGACGUGCUUAAGCUUGCACAACUAGUGGUGAAGCCAGAACAAGGUUUAAUGCUGAAGUUUCCUUACACUCCCUAAAGACACAUUGUAAACUCCCAAUUAGUGUGAGGAUGUUGCUUUUACAUGCACAAAAGUUUGAUUGGCCAUUCUGUUACAAUAUUUAUCAUUUUUUUCGUACAAAAACACUGGUAUAGAUCCUCAGAUUGUACUGUUACAUGCAUCACAUGCACUGCAUGACAACUAAACUGAACUUCAAGCUGGUUGUGUUUUUGUUACUUGGAAUACAUUCCAUAGGAAGAAAAAAAUAUUUGUUUUUAUUUAAAUCCUUUUUUUUUUUUUUUUUAAAUGUACUGCAAUUCUCCACACUAAAAAUGUUGAAAACCUAAAUGGUUUCUUGUAUGUAAUUGGAAAAAGAUGCAUGAAAAUGAAAGCUGUGGACAAUAAAUUAAGUGAUGCGGUUCA